CUCAACAAAAGUCAUGUAUUGAUCAAAGUUCCAAAUGUAAUAAAUCACUUCCUUUUUGACCACAGCCGAACGUACUGUACCCGCCAUGACAACAUUUCUCUCCACCUGGUUAAUAACCGGCGCCUCCUCCGGCAUCGGUAAAUCGCUCGCUUUGGAAGCUCUUAGUUCUAAUUGCAAAGUAAUCGGAACAACCCGAGAUAUAUCCAAAGCCGAAUUAUCCUUUCCUGAUUUCGCUGCAACAGGAGGGAUCUGGAUAGCUUUGGAUCCGGCGAAAAAAGAUGCUUUUGAGCAGUUUUCGAAAUGCGUGAGAGAAUACGCUGUUGAUGUUUUGAUCAAUAAUGCAGGCUAUGCUUUAAUUGGAGGUGUCGAGGAUACUAGGUCUAUUAUUUAAACAUGGGUGGUGCACGUGGUUACUUUUACUGAUAUGGAUGCAGUGAGGAUGAAGUUCGUGAGCAGAUGGAAGUUAACUUUUAUGGGCCGCUUCGAGCCGUUCGAGCCUGUCUUCCAGUCAUGCGGGAAAAAGGUUCCGGAAAUAUUGUGCUUAUAAGCAGUGGCGCGGGGUAUGUUGCUCUUAUGCAUUCUGGACCUUUCUUUUGGCAGAUCUGAUCCUUGUGAGUGCGCUUGCAGUUCCGCUAAUGAGAUAUAUUUCGCCCGGAAAGAUUUAUAGCCCGGCCAGCACGAUCAUCAUACUCCGCUAGUAAAUUCGCCAUCGAAGCAGUCUAUGAGUCUCUCUCCCAUGAAGUCAAAACCUUCGGCAUCAAAGUCCUCAUUGUAGAACCUGGGGCAUUUAGAACACCCUUCGCAAGCAGGAUCAUCACACCAGCUCAGUAUCAAGAUAGUAAUGGUCUCAGCGAGGCAUACAAAAGUACUGCCGUUGAGCAAAUGGUAAAGGGAACAGUAAACAUUAUGUCCAUUCCAGAUUUUGUGAAAGGGGACCCUGAUAAAGCUGCGUGUGCAAUUGUCAAGGCUGUUAUAGAAGGACAUGGUUACUUGCGUAUGCCGUUAGGUCCAGACUGUGUGACUGCCUUGGAGGACAAAAUUGGACAAUUGCAGGAAGACUUAGAUGCAACUAGGGUAAUUGCCAUGGGUACGAACUUUGAAUGAUGGAUGGAAUAACAGUAGAAUAAGUCCCUGAUGCCGCGUCAUGUGCUUGUGCCUUAGAGUAAUUGAUGGGUAAUCGCACUCCCGACUCAACAAGGUACGGAGGAUGAUGGGCUGGCGGGUAGAACUUGGUAUUGAUGAAUGAAGCAAGAAGCAUAGUCGUUAAUUCCCUU